CGACAGGAAAUGGUCAGCCCGCCCCUGGCGCAACGGUGCUGCAGAACCGUUCGAACAGCAUGUCAUGUCCCGUCCCCGAAGACCGAGAUGGAGAGUCUAGAUCUCAUGAUGAUAUAAGGCCAUCGACAAUGCAGUACCUAUAUGAAUCGCCAGAUCCGCUCAGGCACAGCAGAAAAAUAAUUAUAUAAAUAAAUAACGUUGAUCCCAUACUGACAGGCAACAUGCGACCAGUUCUGACCACCUCGCUCAACCCCUCAAUACUGCGCUGCCAGCCAGCCAGACUCUUCAGCAUCACCGCCGCCAGGAUGACCGUCGAUCCGCCCAGCUUCCCGUUCAAGCGGGCCUCCGGCAUGGAGCCGCCGGCCGAGUUUGCUCGACUCCGGGCUACCGACCCGGUGGCGAGGAUCAAGCUGUUCGACGGCAGCCUCGCCUGGCUCAUGACCAAGUACAAGGACGUCACCGCCGUGGCAACGGACACCAGGCUCUCCAAAGAACGAACCCGCCCAGGCUUCCCGGAACUGAAUGCGGGUGGCAAGCUGGCCGCCAAGGCCAAGCCGACUUUCGUUGAUAUGGAUGCUCCAGAUCAUAUGCGCCAGAGGAGCAUGGUAGAGAUGUUCUUCGUCCCCGAACACGUCAAGAAGUUGCAGCCAUAUAUCCAGAAGACGGUCGACGACCUCCUGGACGCCAUGAAGGCCAAGGGCUGCGCCAACGGACCGGUCGAUCUGGUCAAGGAAUUUGCACUCCCUGUCCCGUCCUAUAUCAUCUACACCAUCCUGGGCGUCCCCUUCAACGACCUGGAAUUCCUCACCCAGCAGAACUCCAUCCGCACAAACGGCAGCGCGACAGCGCGAGAGGCGUCCUCUGCGAGCACGGAGCUGCUCAAGUAUCUCGCGGACCUCGUGGAAAAGCGGUCCAAGCAGCCGACGGACGACCUCAUCAGCAAGCUGGUCGUCGAGCAGGUCAAGCCCGGACACAUCCAGAAGGACGACGCGGUGCAGAUUGCGUUCCUGCUCCUCGUCGCUGGGAACGCCACCAUGGUGAACAUGAUUGCCCUGGGUGUAGUGACGCUGUUCCAGCACCCAGCCCAGCUGGCCGAGCUGAAGGCCAACCCGUCGCUCGCCCCUGCAUUCGUGGAGGAGCUCUGCCGGUACCACACCGCGUCGGCCAUGGCCAUGAAGCGGACGGCCAAGGUUGAUGUCGAGAUAGGCGGGAAGCACAUCAAGGCCGGCGAGGGCAUCAUCGCGUCCAACCAGUCAGCCAACCGGGACGAGGACGUGUUCGUUGACCCAGAUACCUUCGACAUGCACCGCAAGUGGCCGGCCAAGAACGACCCGCUCGGCUACGGCUUCGGGCCGCACCGCUGCAUCGCCGAGCACCUCGCCAAGGCGGAGCUGAUCACCGUGUUUUCCACGCUGUUCAAGAAGGUGCCUGAUCUGCGGCUCGCGGUGCCGGUCGAGAAGGUCAACUUCACGCCGCUGGAUCGGGAUGUCGGCGUUGUGGACCUGCCGGUGACGUUCUAGGGGUCUUCCGGGUGUACAUAUUGGGAUUUGUUGCACGGGGGAUUUGUUUCACGGUGGGCAAUGUGGAUUGAUAAUCGAAAAAGGGUAGCAGAGGCCGUCUCUGUCGUCUGGGAAUAACGGAAGAACCAUCUCCUAUCAGUAUUUAGUUGCAAGCAAAUGCCCACUCCAAGACCGAGUUCCUGUGGCACAAGUAAGUGAGAGAGAUAGCGUAAAAAAAGGUCAAAAGCGCCUGGCUCGAAGAGGUCC